GUCAGGUUGUGUAGGUCGGUGUCGGACGACUGGAUCGGACGAUCACUCUGCAACAAUGGAGAUCGAGAUUCUUCACGCCAAGUCAGGCAAGCAGAUAACCUGUCUGGACCAUGUGGACAACUAUUCCACAGUGCUGGACCUGAAAAAAUGGAUCUACAAACAAUUUCCCAGGUACUACCCAGCCAGACAGUCUCUCAGGUUGGAACCAAAGGGCCGUAACCUGAGUGAUGAGGAGACUGUGCGCUCGCUGGACCUGAGGGUGGGGGACAGGAAGCUGUACCUACGGGACCUGGGACCACAGAUAGGCUGGAAAACGGUGUUCCUGUGUGAGUACUCCGGCCCCAUCGCUGCGUACCUGUUGUUCUACCUGCGCCCCGCCUUCAUCUACGGAGUUACCAAGGCGAAGACGCACCCCGUCGUGCACAUUGCUUUUGCCUGUUGGACCUUCCACUAUGUGAAACGUGUGCUGGAGACCCAGUUUGUGCACCGAUUCUCCCAUGGCACCAUGCCCAUCAGGAACCUCUUCAAGAACUGCAGCUACUACUGGGGGUUUGCAGCCUUUGUUUCCUACUACAUCAACCACCCCCUGUACACCCCACCUGCAUAUGGAGAUCCCCAAGUGUAUUCAGCACUGGCAGGGUUUGUGAUCAAUGAACUGGGCAAUUUGUCCAUCCACCUGGCUUUCAUGAACAUGCGACCUCCAGGCACCAAGACACGCUCCAUCCCGUACCCCACAGGAAACCCCUUCACUUCUCUCUUCAGCCUGGUGUCCUGCCCAAACUACACCUAUGAGGUGGGGUCCUGGGUGUGCUUCACCAUCAUGACUCAGUGUUUCCCAGCCCUGCUCUUCACCGUAGCUGGGUUCUACCAGAUGACAGUGUGGGCUAUCGGCAAGCACCGCAACUACCUGAAGGAGUUCAGUAACUACCCACGCUCCCGCAAACCCAUCAUACCCUUCCUCCUCUAACAAACAUCAGGGAACACCCUUCUUUUGCCUCUCAAUCAAACCACUUAUAUUUCUGUCCGAGGCAGAUACCAUUUCUUACCAUCUUUUCCAUUAUGGAGCAUAUGAUGUAGAAUUUAUUGUAGUGUAGGUAUCACUUUUAUAUUAGGAAAAAUUGUAGUAGGACUCAUAUAGACAGCGGUAGAAAUGUGAAUUUGUAGUAGACAAAUGUGCUAUAUAUGGAUAUGAGGGCACAAAUAUGUAAUUUCAUAAGAGUUGGCUUUGUCAUUGUGUUAUAGAUAUGAUCUAACAAGUUUACAUUUCAUCAGCUGAACCGAUUGUCAUUCGCAACAGAAACACUGAUAUCACAGCAAAGGAAUCAACUUGUUUUGAUGUAGAUUUUUGAUGCAGCUGGGACCAGUAACAAGAAUGAAAGCUCAUUGCAA